GGUGCAAUGUGUCUAGCUUCGUUCCUCGAGUCUCUCAAUACAACUGGGGCUGAAGCGCAUUAUGGUACACGAUUCGUGUACCAAUGUUAAAAAAAUUAUUUUAUCUUAAAUAUCGGAUAUCAGAAGCUCAUCUUUUCCCGAUUAUGUUUUUAAAUGAAGCUGUUAUGUUUUAAUCGUGGGAGUAUAUUUGGUUGCCUAGCAACUGUACCGAUAUCUGUGUGUUUUGAGUAAGAAUUAAAGAUGGCUACAACUCCAAACUCAUCAUCUUCUGCAUCAAGUCCUGGACGCCAAACCCGAGAGGAAUCGGUUCUGGAAUCAUUCUUUAUAUUGAUCAGCCAGUUCUCAUUUGAUAAGGCUAAAGAUCUGAUGGACAAAGAAAAAGAGAUGCAUAAAAUAUCUGGAAGUACGUCAUGGGGUACAGUAUUACAAUGUCUGUCACAGUUCACUAUAGCUGAGAAAGUCUACAUGUCACUUUCAUCUCUCGGACAAAAGACAUCCACCAUACGAUUUACUCCUAUAGUUAGACCUAAAGAAAAUCUGCGAACAUUGUAUCAUUUUUUGACCCAAGAGUUUCAUCGCUUAGAGGAAGCUAGUCACCAGGAUAGUACAAAUAUUGUAAACAGUAUCCAGUCAUCAGAUAUAGAGAUAUUACUGUCACAUAUAUCUGGUCAACUCUGUCAGUAUAUAGCCGCAAGACAAAACAUGGCCGAUCUAUAUGAGAGUGUGAGUCGCCAUGGUUAUUUUGAAGAUCUUGUUGCUAAGCUGUCUGAUAUUAUCUUCUCUAACAAUAAGACAUUUCAUCAUCCAUUACUUUCACCAAUCAAAUCAAGUUUUACAUUAGAAUGUGAAAUAAUGCAUCACCUGUUACAAGCUCAGUUAUUAUUAUGUGAUUGGCAGUUUCUAGCCUCUUUAUUAGAACUACAACAAGCACAUAGAGGUAUUAUAACGUGGUCUAGCAUGACUAGUGUUCAACAACCAGAGAAGAGCAAGAAAAGUAGUAAAGGUAGUGGUCAUUCAAUACCAGCAUUAUUUCAGUGGUUACAAAAAUUUCACGGUCUUCUCGUAUCCAAGUUCAGUUUGUAUUUCUAUGAAAUGUUAUCGAAACAGACACCAGGAGAUAUAAAAAACCUGACAGCAAAAACUACAGAAGAUUUCGUGGGGAGAUUAAUAGCGUUUCAGAAGAAGUAUGAUGCUACCAAUAUUUAUCUGAUUCUGGACACGAACGGACAGACGGAUAUAUAUAAAGGUCCGGGAUAUCAUCAUCCACUUAAAUAUGUGGAGAGACCGAAAGGGAAAGACACCUAUCCGUUUAUACUGUGUUUACCUAGUGAGAAACCAGCCGAGAAUAUACAGGCUUGCAUAUUAAUGAUGGUUAAUGAUCGUGAUAUGACAGAGGCAGCAAGUAAUGGACAGGAUAGAGUUAAAACAUUUUAUGAUAAGCCAAAUCAAAGAACAUUUUACAUCAGUCGACUAGAACAGAGAAUAUCCAUAGCCAUUUUGUUUGAUACGAAAAAAUCAGUUCGUGAUUCCAAUGUCAACAACUUUAUUGUAGACUUGAGCUCCCAGUUGAAGUGUCAUAAAGUAAUAGCCAGUUUAAAACUGGGUGUCAAAGCCUAAAUGGUACAGUUUAUAUGUAGUGAAAUGAUACAUCAAGGCCUUAUUGAAUAACCUUUUUAUUGUCCCCCGCCUUUCGAAGAAAGCAGGGGACUAUUAAAAUGGGUUCGUCCGUCUGUCUGUCUGUCUGUCCGUCUGUCUGUCCGUCUGUCUGUCCGUCACACUUUUUGGGACACAAUAACUCUCUUCCUAAUUGAGCUAGAAUGUUCAAACUUGGUGUAUGUGUUUAUUAGGUCAAUGCCUUGAUGGAGUUCGAAGAUGAGCAUUUUCCGCUUAGGGUAAGCAGAGAUAAGCAAUUUGAUUGGUUGAUGCUUUGGGACACGAUAACUCUCUUCCUAAUUGGGCUAGAAUGUUCAAACUUGGUGUAUGUGUUGAUUAGGUCAAUGCCUUGAUGGAGUUCGAAGAUGAGCAUUUUCCGCUUAGGGUAAGCAGAGAUAAGCAAUUUGAUUGGUUGAUGCUUUGGGACACGAUAACUUUUAAUUGAGCUAGAAUGUUCAAACUUGGUGUAUGUGUUUAUUAGGUCAAUGCCUUGAUGGAGUUCGAAGAUGAGCAUUUUCCGCUUAGGGUAAGCAGAGAUAAGCAAUUUGAUUGGUUGAUACUUUGGGGCACGAUAACUCUCUUCCUAAUUGAGCUAUAAUGUUCAAACUUGGUGUAUGUGUUGAUUAGGUCAAUGCCUUGAUGGAGUUCGAAGAUGAGCAUUUUCCGCUUAGGGUAAGCAGAGAUAAGCAAUUUGAUUGGUUGAUGCUUUGGGACACGAUAACUUUAGUUCUAAUUAAGUGAGAUUGAUGAAACUUGGUGUAUAGAUUUAUUAUAUGAAUACCUUAACUAAGUUCGAUAAUGAACAUUUUUUGCUGAGGGUAAGCAGAGUGAUAAGCAAUUUGAUUGGUAGAAACUUUGGAACACAAUAACUCUCCUUCUUAUUGAGGUAGAAUGUUCAAACUUGGCAUAGGUGUCUAUUAGGUGAAUGUUUAAACUUGAUGUAUAUGUAGAUGUUCAUUAGGUGAAUGUCUUGACUGAGUUCAAUGAUUAACAUUUCGAGCUGAAGCUAAGCAGAGCUAAUCGAUUUCAUUUGUCGAUGGUUUGGGACAAGAUAAUCUUGAUUCUAUCUGAUAGAGAGUGAUGAAACUUAGUGAAAAAAAUAAAUGUGCGAUUAAUUAAUAUGUGUCAUCUAUUUAUUUUGCAAUUUCGGUGGGGGACAUCAGCCUCACUGUUGGCUUGUUUGAAAUGAAAUGGGGUUUAACGUCCUAGUGUUCUGCUCUGACUGGGCUAAUGAAGACGGGCAUACACCAUACAGUGUGCUAUGAGGGAAAUUUUGCCUAGACACCGGCAAUAUGACCUACUCUUAUAUUGAAUUCCAAUGACCUAGUAGGUUGUGUUGAGUGGAGUUAAACCCCAUCUCUCUCUCUCUCUCUCUCUCUCUCUCUAUCUGUAUUUAUAUUGUUUUGUUGAAGAUGGAGGGGUGAUAUAGGCCCAGCCUGUUCCCCAAUCCUAUUGUUAUUGAAUAAAAUACAGUUUUAAAUAAAAAUGAGAAUAUAAUGGCAUUAAUGAAUUAAAAAUUAGAUAAAUUAAAUAAAGAUGAAUUGUUGUUACUGAAUUUUCUAAGUGGGUAAGAUACUGGCGCGCUAGCCUGGAGGUCGGGUGUUCACUCCCUGCAUUGGCCGAGAAUGUUCAUCCAGAUUUUACGGCAUGGUACCCGCUUGUCAGUGGUGCAGGGCCUGACAAGGACAGCUGUCUAGUCGUUCGGAUGGGACAAAAAAACGAGGUACUGUGUACACAUUGGCGUGCACGUAAAAGAUCCUUUGGCUGUUGGAAUUUGAUAUAAGAGUAGGCCGUAGCACCGCUGCCCGGGCAAAACUUCCCUCAUAGCACACUGUAUGGCGUAUGCCUGUCUUCAUUAGCCCAGGUUAGGAGCAGAACAGUAGGACGUUAAACCCCAUUUCAUUUCAUUUUGUCCGCAAUCAAUGGAUCCACGUCUCAAAACAAAAUGUACCCGAAAUAGACAUCGAAAAGCGGAUACAUACGAUCGACUGCUUCUUUAAAGUAGCCAAGUCUCUAACUCAAUAUCAUGCAAAAUCUUCAACAUUGAAAAUACGAAUUAUUUGUCAAAUUAAAUCAAUAUUGAUGUUGUGAUCUUACUGGGAAAAUUGGGAUUCUUAU